GUGAGCAGCUGUAGACGAAUAAAGUGGUUGUUAGAGCACAUAUUAUAACAGGGUCUCAUCGCACAAUGAUAAACAAAAAAUCAAAUCUGGACCUAGUAAAGGAGUGCGACAACUUUCCAUACUACUCGGACAAUCCCGAGGUAUUCGACGCAACGUUCAAGGACUAUUAUCACUUCCAGCUAGAAGGAUGUGAAGCAUCUUUGGGGUAUAUGCCAUCAAAAGUGGCGACGAGAAUGCCGCUCACGAAACAUUGGAGCCUCGAUGAAAGCAACAGACGCCUGAUCUUUCAGCCUCGAGAUGCUAGCGGUCAACCUGUCAAGGCUCUAGAAGAGCGCAACAGGAUUCUAGCCGAGUACCUCCAAAACAUUCGCGAGAGAAAAAUCUUCCGUGUCCUUGACGGUUGGCGUAAUGAGCUAUACCCCAUCUAUGGCCCUGACAAGUCUCUGAUCUUGAGCAUGGAACGCUCAGCAUCGCCUCUUUUCGGUGUUGUUACGUACGGUGUGCACAUGACAGGAUAUGUGAGGACUGAUGAAGGUAUGAAGAUAUGGGCACCUCGCCGUGCGUUGACCAAACAGACGUACCCGGGCAUGAUGGACAACACAGUUGCUGGUGGAUUGAGCACAGGAGAAAAGCCCUUUGAGUGCCUUGUGAGGGAAUGCGAGGAAGAAGCUUCUUUGCCUGCCGGUGUUGUUCAACCUGUUCGAGCUUGCGGGACAUUGACAUACUUCCAUGUUCGAGACUCCAGAGCUGGAGGUGAAACAGGCCUUUGCCAACCCGAAUGUCAAUAUAUUUAUGACCUCGAACUACCAUCGGACGUCAUACCAAAACCUGGAGAUGAUGAAGCGAUCGACUUCCAGCUUCUGUCGGUGGAAGAGGUCCAGGAAGCAAUGGCCGCUGGGAAAUUCAAGCCGAAUUGCGCUCACUUGCUGGUGGAUUUUUUUGUGAGACACGGAAUAUUGACUCCGGAAAAUGAGCCUGACUAUAUCGAAAUCGUCUCCAGAUGCCAUAGAAAGUUGGAAUUUCCCACGCCCUGAUAUCUGGAAAGACCGAUGCAGCCACCAACGCCUUCGCUAAACACACUCUGGAAGCUGGGCCACAAACGACCACAACCACAAACUUAUUUCUUGAUCAGAAGAUAGACAUAGUCGAUUCUCAGUGCGUUGAGCAGGGCGUAUGGGCCGUCCAUGUAGAGUAGAAGACCACCAAAGGACACAUAGACC